AUGAUCGGCCAUCAGUUUGCGUACUCGGCUGCGCCCAUCCGGCGCGUGAAGGAGGUCCAGUUUGGGAUUCUCUCCCCGGAGGAGAUCAAAGCCUACAGCGUCGCGAAAAUCGAGCACCCCGAAGUGAUGGACGAGACGACGCGCAAGGCGAAAGUGGGCGGCCUGAUGGACCCGCGCAUGGGCACCAUCGACCGCAACUUCAAGUGCCAGACCUGCGGCGAGGGCAUGUCCGAGUGCCCGGGCCAUUUCGGGCACAUCGAGCUCGCGCGGCCGGUGUUUCAUCCGGGAUUCAUCAUCAAAGUGAAAAAGAUCCUCGAAUGCAUCUGCGUCAACUGCGGCAAGCUCAAAGCAGACGCCGCCAGCGACGAAGCCUUCAAAGCCAAGCUCUUCCUCGUCCGCAAGGACGCCAAAGCGCGCAUGGCCGUCGUAUGGAACUACUGCAAGGCCAAGACGGUGUGCGAGCCCGACGAGCCCAAGGAGGAGGGCCAGGACGAAGGCGACCGCAAGCCCGGGCACGGCGGAUGCGGGCACGUCCAGCCGCAGAUCAGGAAAGAGGGUCUGAAGCUGUUCUUGCAGUACAAGAAGGGCAAGGACGAGGACGACGACGGCAAAGCGCUCGAACCGAGCAAACGCCUCUUCUCGCCUCAGGAAGUCUACACCACCCUCCGCAAGAUCCCGGACAACGACCUCACCACGCUCGGCCUGAGCGACGAAUACGCGCGCCCGGAGUGGAUGAUCUUGACUGUUAUGCCUGUGCCGCCGCCUCCUGUCCGCCCGAGUAUCGCCGUCGACGGCGGCGCGAUGCGCAGCGAGGACGACCUGACGUACAAGCUGGGCGAAAUCAUCAAGGCGUCCGCGAACGUCCGCAAGAGCGAGCAGGAGGGCUCGCCCGCGCACAUCAUCACCGAGUUCGAGCAGCUGCUCCAGUUCCACGUCGCGACGUACAUGGACAACGACAUCGCCGGCAUCCCACAGGCGCUGCAGAAGUCCGGGCGGCCUGUGAAGGCCAUUCGUGCGAGGUUGAAGGGCAAGGAGGGGCGGUUGCGCGGGAACUUGAUGGGGAAGCGUGUGGACUUUUCUGCGCGGACUGUCAUCACGGGCGACCCGAACCUGGAGCUCGACGAAGUCGGCGUCCCGCGCUCAGUCGCAAUGACGCUCACCUACCCGGAACGCGUCACCCCCUACAACAUCGCCUACCUCCAAGAGCUCGUGCGCAACGGUCCCACGGCCUACCCCGGCGCGCGAUACGUCGUGCGCGAUACGGGCGAGCGUAUCGAUCUGCGGUACAACAAGCGUACGGACGCGUUCUUGCAGUACGGAUGGAUCGUCGAGCGGCAUCUGAAGGACGGCGAUUAUGUGCUGUUUAACCGCCAGCCGUCGUUGCAUAAGAUGUCGAUGAUGAGCCAUCGGGUGAAGUUGAUGCCCUACUCCACCUUCCGCCUGAACUUAUCUGUCACGCCGCCGUACAACGCCGACUUCGACGGAGACGAGAUGAACAUGCAUGUUCCGCAGAGCGAGGAGACGAGGGCUGAGCUCAGCCAGAUCGCUUGGGUGCCGCGGCAGAUCAUCUCUCCGCAGGCAAACAAGCCCGUCAUGGGUAUCGUGCAAGACACGCUGUGCGGUAUCCGCAAGUUUACCCUCCGCGACUGCUUCCUCGACUGGAACGCCGUGCAGAACAUCCUCCUCUGGCUCCCCGAAUGGAACGGCGAGAUCCCCACGCCCGCCAUCAUCCGGCCCAAGCCGCUCUGGACGGGCAAACAGAUUCUGUCGAUGACGAUUCCCAAGGGCGUGAACAUCGCGCGCGCGUCGGAUCCUAAGAGCCCGCACCCUGUCUUCGACGACGGGAUUCUCAUCGAGAACGGCGAGAUCGUAUAUGGAAUUGUGGAUAAGAAGACCGUGGGCGCGUCUAUGGGCGGUCUGGUCCACGUCGUGUUCCGCGAGAAGGGCCCCGAGGCGACGCGCACGCUGUUCACGGGCCUGCAGAAGGUCGUCAACUACUGGCUGUUCCACAACGGCUUCUCGAUCGGCAUCGGCGACACGAUCGCCGACCAGAGCACGAUGAGGUUCAUCACGAAGACCAUCGCGGGGCACAAGGAGGCCGUGCGCAAGGUCGUGGACGAUGCCACGCACGACAGGCUGAAAGCCAAGCCCGGUAUGACGAUCCGCGAGUCGUUCGAGAGCUCCGUCGAGCGCGAGCUGAACCUCGCGCGCGACACGUCCGGUCGGUACGCGCAGAAGUCGCUCAAGGAGGACAACAACGUCAAGCAGAUGGUCGUGGCGGGCUCCAAGGGGUCCUUCAUCAACAUCUCGCAGAUGUCCGUGUGCGUGGGCCAGCAGUCCGUCGAGGGCAAGCGCAUCCCGUUCGGGUUCCGGCAUCGGACGCUGCCGCAUUUCACGAAGGACGACUUCUCGCCCGAGGCGCGCGGCUUCGUCGAGAACUCGUAUCUGCGCGGGCUGACGCCGCAGGAGUUCUUCUUCCACGCCAUGGCCGGGCGCGAGGGUCUCAUCGAUACGGCCGUCAAGACGGCCGAGACGGGGUACAUCCAGCGGAGACUGGUCAAGGCGCUCGAGGACGUGAUGGUGCACUACGACGGCACGGUGCGGAACUCGCUCGGCGAUCUGCUGGAGUUCGUGUAUGGCGAGGACGGGAUGGACGGCGCGUUUAUCGAGCGGCAGCAUAUCGAUACGUUCACGCUCACGGACGCCGAGUUCGAGCAUAACUAUCGCGUGGACGUUAUGGAUCCCCAGGGCGGCUUUUUGCCUGGCGUGCUCCAGGUCGGCGUGGACGACAAUAGCUUGGAUCUGCAGAACUUGCUCGAUCAGGAGUACGCGCAGCUCCAGCGAGAUCGCGCGAUGCUCCGCGACUUCGUAUUCGCGGAGGGCGACUCGAGUACCAGCAUCUACCUGCCGGUUAAUCUGCAUCGGAUCGUGCAGAACGCGGUGCAGAUCUUCCACAUCGACCGCAGGAAGCCGAGCGAUCUGCCGCCGGCUGUCAUUGUGCAGGAGGUGCAGGCGUUGUGCGAGCGCAUCGUCAUCGUGCGCGGAGAUGACCCGCUUAGCCGCGAGGCGCAGGAUAACGCGACGGCGAAUUUCCGGAUGCAUGUGCGCGCGACGUUUGCGGCGAGGAGGGUGCUCGAACAGUUCCAUCUCACGCGCUCGGCGUUCGAUUGGGUGAUGGGCGAGGUGGAGACGAAGUUCAACCAGGCCGUCGCGAAUCCGGGCGAGAUGUGCGGUACGCUCGCGGCGCAGAGUAUCGGCGAGCCGGCGACGCAGAUGACGCUGAACACGUUCCAUUACGCCGGUGUCGCGUCGAAGAACGUCACGCUCGGUGUGCCGCGGUUGAAGGAGAUCAUCAACGUCGCGGUGAACAUCAAGACACCGUCGCUCACGAUCUAUCUCGAGCCCGAGUACGGCCGCUCGCAGGUCGCGGCGAAGACUGUCCAGCAGGAGCUCGUGUACACCUCAUUACGCACUGUCACUGCCGCCGUCGAGAUCUGGUACGACCCGAAUCCGAAGGAGACGAUCAUCGAGGCCGACGCGGACUUUGUCGAGUCCUUCUUCGCUAUCCCCGACGACGAGAUCGAGGCGAACCUCCCGCGCCAAAGCCCGUGGUUGCUCCGUCUCGAGCUCGACCGCGCGAAGAUGAUCGAUCGUAAGCUCACGAUGGAGUUUGUCGCUGGCAAGAUCGCGGAGAACUUCCGGACGGACCUGUUCGUUAUCUGGUCGGACGACAAUAGCGAUAACCUCGUUAUUCGCUGUCGUGUGCUGGGCGCUAUGGACAAGGACGAUGAUGGGCUCGGGACGAUCGAGGAGGAUAUCUUCCUGCGCCAGCUGGAGAACACCAUGCUUAACAGCGUUAACCUCCGCGGUGUCAAGGGCGUGCAGCGCGUCUUCUUGAAUGAGCAGGAUAGGCGUGAGAUCAUGCCGGACGGUCUGAUCGAGCCCAAGGCGAGCAAGGAGUGGGUCCUCGAGACGGACGGCGUCAACCUGAAGCAGGUGAUGACGAUUGACGGCGUCGACUUCCGCCGGACGACGAGCAACUCGUGCGUUGAGAUCUUCAACGUGCUCGGUAUCGAGGCAGCGCGCAACAGUAUCCUCAAGGAGUUGCGGUCCGUCAUCGAGUUCGACGGUUCGUACGUCAACUACCGCCAUCUCGCGCUUCUGUGCGAUCUUAUGACGCACCGCGGCUCGCUCAUGGCUAUCACUCGUCACGGUAUCAACCGCGCGGAUACUGGCGCGCUCAUGCGCUCGUCGUUCGAGGAGACCGUCGAGAUCUUGAUGGAGGCUGCUGCUGUUGGCGAGCGCGAUGACUGCCACGGUGUCGCGGAGAACAUUCUGUUCGGCCAGAUCGCGCCGAUGGGUACCGGUGCAUUCGACGUCGCGCUCGAUAUCGACAUGCUCAAGGACGUCAUCGUCGACCAUCGUCUGCCGAUCCAUUCGCUGAUGUCGAUGCCUGUGGACGGUGGUAUGACGCCUGGCCAGGUCGCGAUGACGCCGUACGACAGCUCGAGCCCGAUGUGGCAGCAGGAGGCGUACAAGGGCGAGCAGGCGAGCUUCUCGCCGCUCGCGAGCAACGGUUCGGAGGAGGCAGGAGGGUACUCGAGUUAUCUCGGUUUCGGCCAGAGCCCACUCGGCGCUGGCGGCAUGUCCCCCGGUCCUGGUGCAUACGGCGCUACGAGCCCGAGCUCGCCGCAUGGGAUGUACAGUCCAACAAGCCCGAUACUCGCCAACGAGUCCGAGCUACAGCCCGACGAGCCCGAGCUUCAGCCCGACGAGUCCCCGGUACAGUCCGACCAGCCCCAGCUUCAGUCCGACCAGCCCGAACUACUCGCCUGCGAGCCCGAGCUUCAGCCCCGUGUCGCCGAGAUACUCGCCGACGAGCCCGGGGCAGAUGAGCCCGACAAGUCCGAAGUACUCGCCUACGAGUCCGAAAUAUUCACCGACUUCGCCUGCGUCUCCGUCGAGCCCCAAGUACUCGCCGACAUCGCCCUCGUACUCCCCAGCCUCUCCUGCAUACUCCCCCACGUCGCCCGCGUACUCGCCAGCAUCGCCCGCAUGGUCACCGAGUAG